AUGGAGAAGAAACGAGACAGCUUUUCAUACGACACGCUGCCCGGCGUCAAGGGCAAAUCUCCUUCCGGCAAGAUGCCCAAACCCAUCAAGAUGCUCGCGGGAGGGACAAUGCUCCUAUUUGUCUUCCUGGUAUUUCAGAUCAUGCGGAGUCCCAAGAUCAUAUCGGCACCUGGCGGGAGGGAGAAGAUCGAUGAUAUGGUUCGAGAUCCCAACUUAGAUCGUACGCACAAGCACCGCGUCGCAAAGAGCGCAUCAUAAUGGAGACUGACCGGGAGACUGACUCGGAGAUCAGCAACUGGCGAGCCUCCCGAACCACUCCAUCGAGUAAAUGGCGACAACUACGCUCCCAACAACCCCAAAUCCGAUCGCAUCAACGCCACAUUACUGUCUCUGGUCCGGAACAGCGAAUUGGAGCAGAUUGUGGGUAGCAUGCAAGAGUUGGAGCGGACGUGGAACCACAAGUUCAACUACCCCUGGACCUUCUUCAACGAUGAGCCGUUUACGGAAGAGUUCAAGAGAGCGACACAGGCCAACACAAAGGCUGAAUGCAGAUACGAGCUGAUUCCCAAGGAGCAUUGGGAGAUUCCGUCGUGGAUCAACAUGGACUUGAUGGAAGAGAGCGCAAAGAUCUUGGAGGAGCAGAACAUCCAAUACGCAAGAAUGAAGUCGUACCAUCAGAUGUGCAGAUGGAACAGCGGUUUUUUCUACAAGCAUCCGGCGUUGAAGGACAUGCAAUACUACUGGCGUGUCGAGCCGCACGUCAACUUCUACUGCGACGUCGACUACGACGUCUUCCGCUACAUGCGCGACCACAACAAGACCUAUGGCUUCACCAUCAACAUCUACGACUCGCCGCAGUCAAUCCCAACACUCUGGCCGGAGACAAUCAAGUUUCUCGCCAGCAACACGGCGCCGCUCCCAAAGAACAACGCCAUGGGCUGGUUGACAGACCGAGAGCGAAGACCGGAGCACCACCACAUUGCCGGAGGCUACAGCACAUGCCAUUUCUGGUCAAACUUUGAGAUCGCGGACAUGAACUUCUGGCGCUCGCCAGUAUACGAGGCCUAUUUUGAGCACCUCGACCGGGCUGGAGGCUUUUUCUACGAGCGCUGGGGCGAUGCCCCGGUCCACUCCAUCGCACUUGGCUUGUUUGAAGACGUCAGCAAGAUUCACUGGUUCAAGGACAUUGGCUAUCGGCACAUUCCGUUCUUUAACUGUCCCAACUCACCCAAGUGUAGCAAGUGUACUGCGGGCCAGUUCUACGAUGGUCAGCCCUUUUUGCAGAAAGAGGACUGUAGACCAAACUGGUUCAGAUACGUUGGCAACGAAUGGACACCAAAUGCCAUCGACCAGCCAACGGACUCAUAA